AUGUUUCUAUUCAUUGCAUUGAUGUUGGUCCUUGUGUCAGUUUUUCAAAAUUCAUAUGUGGAGGUUCAUGGAGGAGGAAAAGGAGGAUCACAAUUGUCUGUGGGAGCCACGGGACAACUGGCUGAGAGAUUGUAUAGAGAAGGAGAAAAUAAAUUGAAAGAUAAAGUCAAUAAGACCCUGAUCGAAAAAUAUGGAAGGCGUUGA